AUGGAUACCACCUUCAUCACCAUUCACGACCUCUCCGAUGACGCCCACAUAUUGUACUCUUCCGACUCCAUUGUCGACAUCCUCGGUCAUACACCUGACGAGGUAGUCAAUCGGUCCGUGUGGCAAUUUUUUCAUCCAGAGGAACUCCCGCUGGCCAGAGCUCACCACAGCCGCGGCGUGAGACUGGACAAGGCUGCUGUCUUGUCCUAUUGCCGCCUGAAGAACCGCCAGGGCGAAUGGGUCGGUUGUGAAUGCUGCUUCUCCGUCGUCUACGAUGUCCUCGUUUGCUGCACCAGCAUCUACAGACAUGGCAUGCAGAGCCAAAAACGCGCAGUCGAGGCUCCUAUAGUGCGCAAGCUAUUCGCCUCGUCACCAAAGGACCCGCGCUACCACAUGUUAUCUCACCUGUCCAGCAAGUUUGACCUCGGCCCCGAUGAUCAGACUCAUGAGCCGCGAGCUGCCUUGUUCCUUAACAGGUUCACGCGUACCCUGACCGUCAUGUACGCAACCAGUGGGAUCGAGCAAAUCAUUGGCAUCUCCGGAGAGGCUAUGAAGGGACGCAGCUUCUAUUACUGCAUUGCUCCCAAUUGUCUUGAAGAUGCAGUCCGCUGUCUCGAGUCGGCCAAAGGCAACGAUUCCAUUGCAUACAUGCGCUUUUUCUUCCGGGACCCGCGCCAGGACGAUGCGCCUGAAGCUUCCUCGUCUGAGAGCGAAGAUGACAUCAUGACGGAUGUUACGGGCUCCGACGAUGAAUCUGAAGGCGGAGUGGACCUUGACGGCCAUUCCACGUCCAACGGCACAAGACAUCCGUCAGACUCAAACCGCACCACGGAUAACAGUGAGGAGCGGUCUGCGUCGCGCACCAACUCUGGCGGGAACAAUGACCCCAACAAUACCCAUCAAGCCAUGUUCGGUGGAUCCGCUGCCCGCUCGUCGUUAUCGUCCGUGAGUUCGCCUCGCUCCGAAAUCCGCGACGAUCCCAUCGAACUCGAGGCUGUCAUAUCCUGCACCUCAGAUGGCUUGGUUGUGUGUCUACGUCGUGCCCGCCCAAUGUUGCCAGGCACCAUGCCGGUGGCCCAGCCAGCACAGCAAUACAAUGGUAUCUACGCCGCGCCAUGGGCAACACAACCCGUGUUCCAUCCUGCUCCACAGCAAAUGCCCCAAUACCCUCUUGGCGCUCGGCACCCGGCUAUGGUGCAGGCAGGGCCGUCUAUGGAAUUCCAGAACAACUUCAUGCAGAGCAUUCGCGAUGUCGCCGUCUUUGCUUGGGCACUUACUGGCAUCAACGGCAGUCUCGUGGACUAUGCUCGUGGUAAACCACUAGGAGAGAGUCAGCCACCUGAGGGUUUUCCGGUCUGGAAUCCUUUGCCAGACCCUGGGUUUGGCAAACAAGCAUCUGCGGCACCGUCGGGCUAUGUUUCGGGGUCCAAUAGCUCCUCCAGCAACGAUCCAUUUGGUUUUGGCGACCCGGGUCUCCGCUGA